GCACUCUUCUUCCUUCUCAUUUCUUUCUUCCUUCUCUCACCAAAAAUUUCUAUAUAAAUGCAUCCAAUUUAUCCUCAUCAACAACCCCUUUUCAUUAUUAUUUUGGUUAAUAUUAUCAAAAUGGUUCAUAUAAAGAGCUUGUUCUAGUACACAUUACAACAACAACAAAAAAAGACUCAUUCUUUUAUACCCUUAAUUCAAGAUUCUUUUUUCCCAAUGGAAGCUGUUAGAUUUAGCAAUAAAAUUCAACCACAUUCUUCAUCUUUUUCAAAUACCCAUUUUGGAUUAAUCAAAUUUAGGAAAACCCAUUUAGGAUUUCAACCAAAAAUCCAAAAAAAAUGGUCAAGUUUGAAUCUUUUUGGUGGAGAAAAAAGAUUAAAAAAUGAAUUUUUUUUGGAGAAAAAAAAGAGAGAAUUUAGUGUGAAGUGCAGAGCAGAGGGAAUAGAAAGGGGAUUAUUGGUAGGUGAAGAAAGAGAGUUUAUUGUGGCAGAAAGAUAUAAAGUGGUGGCAUUAAUGGCAUGUGUUAUGUGUUUGUGUAAUGCUGAUAGAGUUGUUAUGUCUGUUGCUAUUGUUCCUUUAGCUGCUAAACAUGGUUGGAGUAGUGCCUUUUUGGGUAUUGUUCAGUCAUCUUUCCUCUGGGGUUACAUAUUUUCCUCGGUGAUUGGAGGAGCGUUAGUUGACAAAUAUGGAGGAAAGAAAGUGAUUGCUUGGGGUGCAGCUCUUUGGUCUCUGGCCACUCUCCUUACUCCAUGGGCAGCAAAUCACUCCACAAUCAGUCUCUUGGCUAUUCGUGCUUUCUUUGGCCUUGCUGAAGGAGUGGCUUUGCCUUCCAUGAACACCCUUUUGUCCAGGUGGUUUCCAUGCCAUGAACGGGCAACUGCUGUUGGAAUAUCCAUGGGCGGGUUUCAUCUCGGAAAUGUUGUGGGUUUGGUGCUAACCCCAUUAUUUAUGACCUCGGUUGGAAUUUCUGGUCCCUUCAUCCUUUUCUCAUCUCUUGGGCUUCUCUGGCUUACAACAUGGAUUAGCCGGGUGACAAAUGAUCCACAAGAAAGCAAUUCUAUCACAAAAACAGAGUUGAGGUUAAUCCAAGCAGGGAAAUCAGAUUCUCCUCCUUUAAAAAAAGGAGAACUUCCACCACUGCGACUGCUCUUGUCAAAAAUGCCCACUUGGGCUAUCAUCUUCGCUAACGUCACUAAUAACUGGGGAUAUUUUGUUCUUCUCUCCUGGAUGCCUGUUUAUUUCAAAACAGUUUUUAAUGUGAAUUUGAGGCAAGCAGCUUGGUUUAGUGCAGUACCUUGGGGCACAAUGGCAAUCUCAGGCUAUGUCGCCGGAGCUGCAUCAGAUUUCCUAAUCAAAGCAGGGUACUCAUUGACCUUUGUCAGGAAAGUCAUGCAGUCUAUCGGUUUCAUUGGACCCGGGGUGGCUUUGCUCUGCUUGAAUUUUGCCAAAACACCUGAGGUUGCAUCAGUGCUGAUAACUAUAGCUCUGAGCUUCAGCGCUUUCAGCCAAGCUGGUUUUCUACUCAAUAUGCAAGAUAUUGCACCUCAGUAUGCAGGAUUUCUACAUGGGAUUUCUAAUUCAGCUGGAACACUGGCAGCUAUAAUCAGCACAAUUGGAACAGGGUUCUUUGUACAGUGGCUAGGAUCCUUCCAAGCAUUUUUAACACUCACUGCUUGCCUCUACUUUAUCACAGCCAUCUUUUGGAAUAUCUAUGCCACUGGAGAGAGAGUUUUUUAGACUAUGAACAGUCUAAUAUAUUCUCCAUGAUGACUUAUAUGAGGAUAAAUUCAUUAAGAGAUAGUAGUAGGAAAGACCACAAAGUACAUGCUUUAUAAAUAUUCCAUUUUUUCUUUUCACUCUGUCUCAUAGAUGUGAGUGAGCAAUAUAUUUAUUUAUUUUUCAUGUGUAGUUUUAUUAAUUUGUCUUUUCAGUAACAAAGGAAAAGGAAUAGCCUACUUGUUCAUUUUUUACCCUUGUAAACAUUUUACUUACUUUUUAGAAGCAUAGCCAUAGACUACUCAGGUCAAGAAGAAUUAUGGCAGCAUUGUUGUUCUA